AUGGCCGAUCCCCAGCCGCCUUCGCGGGGAACCACCCCGGGAUUGACUGCCGGCGUCAAGCGCGCCCACGAGGAAGACCACGUCCCUGCCGUACCCUCGCCGCUCAACCCCGAUUCCGCCGCCCGCCCUCGUCCCGCCAGACCUCCGCAGCGCGAACAGCGCGAGAAACGGGAAACAUUGAAAAAGCGCGAAGCAACAGCCAGCUCGCGCGCCAACACGCCUGACUCCAAGGGGAAAGCCAAGGUCGAAUUGGACAAUGUGCCGUUGAACUACCUUCUGGAGGAAUCUCUCCAGCUUGCGCAUUUCGACCCGCCCAAGGAUGCCACCUUUGUCUCGCAUGAACCGCCGCUUCUUACCCCCGAUGGCACGGCCGAGCUUAAGAGACUUUCCGACCACGCUUCCAACCGACGGGCCUACCGCUAUUACCAUUGUGUUGCUGACCCUCUUUUCCGCCACAAACAGUUCUACCGCCAGUCAGACAUCAGACCGUUUGCGCCCCAUUUGAGCUUCGAAGACAGCGACAAGUGGAUCCAUUUCGAUGAUACCGCAACCAUCUUGACCAACGAGCGCGGCUGGCGCAUGAGUCGGGGCAACGUAGUCGCUCGAGAGGGAAGGUAUUACUACGAAGUCAAGAUCAUUCGGGGCGUUCCGGCCGAAGGCCCGCCAGUCCCAAAAGGCCAAGAGAGCAAUCCCCAACCACAUAUACGCAUGGGCUGGGCGCGGCGAGAGGCUCCACUCGAUGCGCCAGUGGGCUUCGACGGCUACAGCUAUGGCGUCAAGGAUAUCGGUUUCGAAUCGAUGCAUAGAUCACGACCUGCCAGGCUCUAUAACUCUACAUCGCAGGGCGCGAAGAAGAACAAACCACCCGGAAGUAAGGUAUUCCAAGUGGACUAUGUGGAAGAGGAUCACAUUCGCGAAGGAGACAUCAUUGGCUUGGAGCUUACGCUCCCAUCCAUAUCUCUGCACCGCAAAGUGGUCGAAGGCAUCUACAAUCCCGCCGUUGAUGUCAGUGAUGGCUUUGAUGAUCCGGUAGAAGCUGCCCACGACAUCAUCAGGGAUCGCAUUCCCGUGCCAUUCAAGGCCAACAUGUGGUUUGAAGUGAACGAAUACCAGCCCACCAAGCCGAUGGAAAGCUACGCGGACCGUGGCACUUCAACAACUGUCCAUCCCAGCCCGAACAACAACGACGUGCCUCUGAGAUCGCUUCCCCAUUCCUCUAUUAAGGUGUACAAGAACGGUAAACCGGUUGGAACAGCCUUUGAGGGUUUGAUGUCAUUCCUGCCUCCUGCUUCAUCCCCCAUACCAAGUAACAAUCCAAAGGUGAGAGCGGGUCUUGAUGAUGGAAUGUUGGGCUAUUUUCCGGCCGUUGCUGCAUUCUGCGGCGGAAUUGCGCAAGUCAACUUCGGACCAGACUUUUGGUGUCCGCCCCCGGAAUUGCAAAACGAAGAUGUCGACAUGAUUGGAGCAGAAGCUCCUGUCGCUAGCGGCAGGAAGCUCCAUGCAGUCGGGACUCGCUACAAGGAGCAGGUGGCGGAAGACAUCGUCUGGGAUAUUAUUGACGAAGUUACCUUCUUCGUUGCUGAUCACAACAACAGCAGCCAGAAUGGCACAAUCAAGGCGGCGCCUGCAGCAAGAGGUAUUACAAAUCUCAGAGAGGACGACGGGUUUUGA